AUGAAGCUCAUCAGUGCUACUCUUACACUCCUGCUCAGCGCAGCUCCGACCCUAGCGGCCGUUGGUGGCCGUUGUUCAAACAACUGGGGCGCUGAGUGCAUUUGCCUCGAUUCUGAUGAGUGUAGCUAUACAUGGGGUGGUACUCCUUACACCGGAACUUCUGGCAAUUGGCCUUGCCCUUCAGAUCCUGAAAACAUCGUGGGAUGCGUCAUCCCUGACUGCCCGGGCCAUGGCUCUGACACUCAAUGCCUGUGGAGAGACGGCUGUCAGUCGGUCAACCCCGAUCCUGUUUGCCCAGGUGGAGACGACUUUGUCUGCUGCAACCAUAAAUACGGGGACUAA